GGAUAUAAUAAUUAUAAAAUUAUUCUAGCCAAACACAUCGUAGUUGAGCAGUUUUUGGCUGUAAAUGUGUAUUUUGGUAAGAGCUCUAGAGAGGGACGUGGUAAUGCAGCCAUAUUUGUUACGGGUGGUUGGAGCGGCUGUACAUUGUCAAGAACAUGGCGGCUUCCAGGCAGGCAUGAGAGUGGAUACUUCUUAACAAAUUUGGAUGAACCCGGGCUAUCCUCUCAAAACAACACCAUAAACCAUCUCCCUGGAUAUUGCAACACGAAUAUCUAAAAGGACAUGACAUCCCCAGGUUCCACUGUGACUGGAACCACCGGAGCUCCACUGCAGCCACGAUGGAAGCGGGUUCUGGGCUGGUCCGGCCCGGUACCCCGGCCAAGACACGGACACAGGGCCGUGGCCAUCAAGGAGCUGAUGGUUGUUUUUGGCGGAGGAAACGAAGGAAUCGUCGACGAGUUGCACGUUUAUAAUACUGCAACAAACCAGUGGUUUAUACCAGCGGUCCGUGGAGACAUUCCUCCAGGAUGUGCAGCGUAUGGUUUCGUAUGCGAUGGCACGCGGCUGUUGGUGUUCGGUGGAAUGGUGGAAUAUGGAAAGUACAGCAAUGAUCUUUUUGAGUUACAGGCAAGCAAGUGGGAAUGGAAAAAAUUGAAACCCAAGGCCCCUAAAAAUGGGGUGCCGCCAUGUCCUCGUCUUGGCCACAGUUUUUCUCUUGUGGGCAACAAAUGCUAUCUUUUUGGAGGGCUUGCCAAUGACAGUGAAGACCCCAAGAACAACAUUCCCAGAUAUUUGAAUGAUCUUUAUACUCUCGAGCUGCGUCCGGGCUCUAGCGUUACAGGCUGGGAUAUACCAGUCACGUAUGGCGUUCUGCCCCCUCCACGAGAGAGUCACACUGCUGUAAUUUAUACGGAAAAAACUACCAAGAAGUCCCGUCUUGUCAUAUAUGGAGGAAUGAGCGGAUGCCGUUUGGGAGAUCUUUGGACAUUAGACAUUGAUACAAUGACCUGGAAUAAACCUUCAAUCUGUGGUGCUGCACCUCUCCCUCGCAGCCUUCACUCGGCCACCACCAUCACAAAUAAGAUGUAUGUAUUUGGUGGCUGGGUUCCUUUGGUAAUGGAUGAUGUAAAGGUGGCCACACAUGAGAAAGAAUGGAAGUGUACAAACACGUUGGCCUGCCUGAACUUAGACUCUAUGUCAUGGGAGACUGUUUUGAUGGAUACCUUGGAGGACAACAUACCCCGUGCACGAGCUGGACAUUGUGCAGUUGCCAUCAACAACAGGCUUUAUGUGUGGAGUGGACGUGAUGGGUAUCGUAAAGCAUGGAACAAUCAGGUGUGCUGCAAAGACCUGUGGUACCUGGAGACAGAACGGCCUAAUCCUCCUUCAAGGGUACAGCUUGUCCGGGCCAACACAAAUUCUUUAGAGGUUAGCUGGGGUGCAGUGUCUACAGCAGAUAUGUACCUGCUUCAGCUUCAGAAAUAUGAUAUCCCAGCAGCCACUGCUGCCACCUCACCAGCCCUCAGCGCAGCUAACUCAGUUCCUGGAAACUCGCCAAAGAGUCCAGUGCCCGCAGCAGCUGCUCCCUCUGCUCAGAGUCUGCCACAGAGUGGCAUCACUCUCGUACCCCAGGCUGCUUCUCCCACAGCCUCAGUCCUGCCCAACACACCCGGAAGUCCACUGGCCGCCUCUGUAGCUCGUGGCCCAGCUAUACUAAAAGUUGCAGCCCCUCAGUCAGGCACCGGGACAUCAAUCGUCACCGUGCGACAAGCAGCCCAGCCUGGAAAAUCCCCAGUCACUGUGACAUCACUUCCUGCAGGUGUUCGUAUGGUCGUGCCAUCACAAACAACUCAAGGAACGCCCAUAGGCAGCAGCCCUCAAAUGAGUGGAAUGGCAGCAUUGGCGGCAGCUGCUGCAGCCACACAAAAAAUCCCCCCUUCUGCUGGAGCUACUGUACUUAAUAUGCCAGCUGGGGCUACGAUAGUCAAAACAAUGGCUAUGACACCUGGGUCUACCACUCUAGCCAACACAGUUAAAGUGGCAUCUCCUGUCAUGGUAAGCAACCCUGCCACUCGCAUGCUGAAGACCGCUGCUGCCCAGGUGGUCACUCCAACAGUGUCUAGUCCCACUACAGCUGCUCGACCCAUCAUCACGGUGCACAAGUCGGGCACAGUUACCGUAGCCCAGCAAGCUCAGGUUAUGACCACAGUAGUGGGUGGAGUCACUAAGACCAUCACUCUUGUCAAGAGCCCACUUUCAAUGGGAGGAGCCGGCACCUUGUUCUCUAACUUGGGCAAAGUGAUGUCAGUGGUACAGACCAAACCUGUGCAGACGGGUGCUGUGACUGGGCAAGCCUCCUCCAACCCAUUGACUCAGAUUAUACAGACAAAGGGUCCUCUUCCUCCUGGCACCAUUUUAAAGCUGGUAACAUCUGCUGACGGAAAACCAACAACCAUAAUUACCACCACUCAGGCAGGUGGCACAGGAAAUAAGCCCACCAUAUUGGGCAUCAGUGGCAUGUCCCCUAGUACAACAAACAAGCCUGGGACCACCACUAUCAUUAAAACUAUCCCCAUGUCUGCUUUACAACAGGGAGGGGCAGGUGUAACUAGUAGCACCGGGGUGAAGAGUCCCAUCCAUUUCAUCACCACUAAGAUGAUGACAUCAGGAACUCCUGGAAAAAUCAUUACAGCGAUGCCUAAGAUAGGCACAGCUGCAGGCCAGCAAGGCCUAACACAGGUUGUUUUGAAGGGUGCUCCAGGUCAGCCUGGGACCAUUCUUCGCACAGUGCCAAUGGGAGGAAUGCGGCUCGUGUCUCCAGUAUCUGUGUCUGGGGUCAAGCCAACUGUAACCACACUGGUUGUCAAAGGAACAACUGGUGUAACAACUCUUGGCACAGUCACGGGUACAGUUUCCUCCAGCUUAGCAGGAGGGAGCGUAGCCAGUGCCAAUGCCACAUUGGCAACCCCCGUUACCACCCUGGGCACGAUUGCCACCCUCUCCAGCCAGGUCAUCAAUGCUACAGCUGUGUCUGCUGCUCAGAGCAAUCUUACUACGGUCUCAUCUUCCAUGCAGCCGACCCAGGUGACUCUUAUAACCACACCCAGUGGUGUGGAAGCUCAGCCUGGCCAAGACCUGCCCGUUUCUUUUCUGGCCUCUCCUACCUCGGAGCAGCCCACCUCAAGUGAUUCUGGGGCAGGUGACGCCUCUGGCACUGUUACUUUAGUAUGCUCCAACCCCCCGUGUGAGACUCACGAGACGGGCACCACCAACACAGCCACCACGGCGACUGCUAAUAUGGGAACUGUUCCAACUGGCACAGUGCAGAGGGUUUGCUCAAACCCACCCUGUGAAACACACGAAACGGGUACAACAAACACGGCCACCACAGCUUCAUCUAAUAUGGGUGGAACAGUUCAGAGGGUCUGCUCCAACCCACCUUGUGAGACCCAUGAGACUGGUACCACCAACACAUCCACCACAGCUUCAUCUAGUAUGGGUGGAACAGUUCAGAGGGUCUGCUCCAACCCACCAUGCGAGACCCACGAGACUGGUACCACCAACACAUCCACCACAGCUUCCUCUAAUAUGGGUGGAACAGUUCAGAGGGUCUGCUCCAACCCACCAUGCGAGACCCACGAGACGGGUACCACCAACACAUCCACCACAGCUUCAUCUAAUAUGGGUGCAAACCAAACUGAAGCGGUCCAGAGGGUCUGCUCAAACCCACCCUGUGAAACCCAUGAGACGGGUACCACCAACACAUCCACCACAGCUUCAUCCAGUAUGGGUGGCAAUCAAACAGAAACAGUCCAGAGGGUCUGCUCCAACCCACCUUGUGAAACCCACGAGACGGGAACCACCAACACAUCCACCACUGCCACCUGCAGUAUGGAGACGGAUGAGGGAGCAGCCCAACAGAGUGGAGAAGCAUCAGAAACCGUCACCAGCACAGAGAGCUUGCCGUCUACUGCGGCGCCCCAGAGCCGAGCCAUCACCACAGUCACACAAGCAACACCUAUACCAGGACCAGCUGUUCCUUCUAUCUCAUCGAUCACAGAGUCGUCUUCGGAGGCGAGCGCUGAACCAGUUGUUAUGGAAAGCUCAGAGGCGGAAGCCUUGCAGGCGGAGGGCCAGGCUGAGGCAGAGGGGGUCACCACGCAGGAAGAGUUCCAGGCUGUGGCAGUGGCCAUGCCGAGUGACUUCCAGGCUGAAGCUACAACUUUAGCGAGUGACUUGCAGGGAGAAGCAGAGGCCAUGCAGGCAGAGAGCCAAGCGGAGAUGGGAGCGGUGCCAAUGGAGCAGGAUGCCGCUAGCAUGGAAGAGGCAGAAGCAGCUGCAGAACAGCUACCAAUAGCAGAGAUGGAGGGCGUAGAAGCGGCAUCAGCGUCCCAGGAUGCGGAGGCGCUGGCCCUGCCCCCAGAGCUGAUGUCAGAGGGGCCGGCCACUACACUUAUGGUGACUGGUCUGACACCAGAGGAGCUGGCUGUCACUGCAGCUGCAGAGGCAGCGGCCCAAGCUGCAGCCACAGAGGAAGCCCAGGCCCUCGCCAUACAGGCCGUGCUACAAGCAGCACAGCAGGCUGUUUUGAACUCUGGUGAGGCUGGAGAUGAACAGCAGACCCACACCAUACCGAUAAUUCUGACUCCACAGGAACUGGCAGCUCUGGUUCAACAGCAGCAGCAGCUCCAGGCAGCCCAGCAACAGGCCGCCGCCCAGGCUGCUUUACCCACAGAGGGCUUGGCUCCGGCUGACAGCCUAAAUGAUCCUUCAUCAGAGAGCAAUGGACACAAUGAGAUGGCAGCGGCAGCCGCAAGUGCAGUUGCCGAAUUGCUGCCACGUACCUCCACAGAGACUUUAGCUCCAUCCAUCACUUUAGCACCUGCAGUUGUCGCCAGUCCGGCAAGGAUGCAAGCUGCUGCAGCUCUCACUGAAGUGGCCAAUGGACUUGAGGCUGUGAAACAAAAUCCUCCCACUGCUACCAUCAAACCACCAGUAAAGAAAGAAAACCAAUGGUUUGACGUCGGCAUCGUCAAAGUGACAAACAUGGUUGCAACCCAUUUCUACAUGCCAACAGAUGACACCGGUUAUGUUGAUGAUGAUUCUGGAACAAUCCCAGACUACAGUCAGAUGAAAAAGGUGGAGCUUCAGCCUGGGACGGCCUACAAAUUUCGUGUGGCGGGUAUAAACACUUGUGGUCGUGGAGCCUUUUCUGAAAUAUCGGCUUUCAAGACCUGCUUACCAGGAUUCCCAGGGGCACCAUGUGCCAUAAAGAUAAGCAAGAGUACAGAUGGUGCACACCUUACAUGGGAGCCUCCAUCCGUAACAUCAGGAAAGAUCACGGAGUACUCCGUGUAUUUGGCCAUCCAGAGUAGCCAGACCACCGAGGCCAAAGCCUCUACCCCAGCCCAGCUGGCUUUUAUGCGCGUUUACUGUGGGCCCAACCCCUCGUGUCUGGUCCAGUCUUCCAGCCUAUCCAAUGCCCACAUAGACUAUACCACCAAACCUGCCAUCAUCUUCCGCAUCGCGGCACGCAACGAGAAAGGCUACGGCCCUGCCACGCAAGUGCGAUGGCUCCAGGAGUCUAGCAAAGACGGGAUUUCUGCUAAACCUGCCCCAAAAAGAGCCGUUUCUUCACCAGAUGCGAAAGGGAUUGGUCUAAAGAAAGCAAGAAUGGAUCAGUGAUGCUCAUUCAUCAUCCAAAACAAGGAAUACUCAUCCUGGCUCCCAGUGCACCAUCAUUACCGGAUUAAAGUGUAACCAUCCAUUAAAACAACUCGCAGUCUGAAAAAAAAACUAGGCAGAACUGUUUUUAGGGAAAGCUUUUUUCUUUGUUUUUUUAUAAACAAUUAAAGAAAAGCACAUUUACAUUUUGAGUAUUUUCCACUAAAGCAACAUUAUAUGGUGUGUGGAAAAUUUAGCUUUUUCCAUUGUAGAGUCUUCCUUUCUGACCCCCCCCCCAUUUAUUUCUAAGCAUCUAUCUUUUAUUUUGUAAGAUAUUUGUUCUGCUAUCAGCUGGGCUUAUAUGAAGUUGUUCUUGUUUAUGGGAUGAACUUGCAAGCGGUAAAGUUUUAGAUCAUAUUGAGUCAUGUUCGGGAAGAGAUGGGAAAACAAACCAAGCACUUGUUCUCAGACAAGAGGAUUUUCACUCGAUGGAAGUACAUGGUCCAGUACAAUAAGAGCUGCACAAAGAUGCUUUUUGGACUCAUGUCUGCUGAUGAUGUCAUCACUGUGCACUUUUUGUGUCACAACGGCGGAUAAAGAAAUGGACAAGGAAGUUUAUUACUGGCUGGGCAGAGACUUUGCUAGAACUGAGAUUUUCCAUACAAACAAAAUAAAAAACUAAACAAAAAAAAAAACACAAAAAUGGAAAACUUCCCAAAAAAUUAGCGAGCGAUGACGGAGAAGAUCUUUUGUGUAGUUUAUUUUUGUAUUUUAAAAGUUUUUCUCCUGUGUGCGUGUAUGUCUGUAUGCUUUUUUUUAACUCACUACUUUUUAUUUUUCUCUUUUUUUAAUUCACGUUCAAUCCCCAAUUUGGUUUUCAAGGAUUUGCGGAAAGUAAGAUUUACUCUGUUGUAAAUGAGGAAAAACUUUGUGAUUGUGCUGAAGCCAAGUGUUAAUAUGCCGAAAGAACGGAAACAGAUUUAACCAUCUGAAGGGCUUCUUACCGUGUUUACUGCAUAUUGUAAACCACACUGGUUUUCCACUUUGUGUAUGCCAAACUUAGAGAUGUAAAAAUCGUAAAACAUUGUUUUUUUUUCUGUUCACCAAAUCGCCAUGAUUAGUAAACCCUUCCUCUGACUUUCCUUCCUGACUUUUUCAUGUUUCAUAACAUAACUAUGUAGAUUUUUUCAGCCCUAGAUUGUGAAGGAAGUUGUCCAUGUGAAGAUGACAUCAUUUCGACCUUUUUCUUUUGAUUAUCUGAGGUGUAUGCAAGCUAAAUGUUAAAUGUAUACCUUUAUUGUCUCUCAUGUGUGUGGUUGAGGAUGGAGGUUAUCAUUCUUGGUAAAGCCAAGCAUGAAUUCGACUGUAAUAUAGUUCAUUCGUACCGCGAGAGGUAAAAGAUGACAUCUUGGCCUUUUUAUAUAUUUACCUGUAACAAAAGUUUUUACAUGUUGUCAUCUCCUGAUUGCCUUUUUGGUCUUGACUUAUAAAAGAUACAGAAAUAUA